AUGAAGAAACACAAAUCCAACAUCAAGUACGAAGAUAAAAAAGAGAAUCCUUUUUUAUUGUUCAAAAUGUAAUAAUCAAUAAAUCUUAAGGAAAAUGUCAAAAAAACCAUCGAAAUCAUUUCCAAUAUCCUUUUAAUAAUUCGGCAUGAAAUCUUGCUUCUAAAUUAUAAUAAUAAAUGAGAGAUUAUCUAUGUCUUACAAGUCCUAUUGA